CCACAAGCAAUGCACCUCUAACACUCCCCGUUCUCUCUCUUCUUAACCUCCCCACCCUCUUCCUCCACUCAAAUCCUCUUCCUCCUCCUCCCCUCCCCUCUCGUCACCUCCCCGGCCCUCUUCUCUCCCCCACCAACGCCAAAACCCACACACUCCAAUGGAGGUUUCCACCAAGCAACUCCUCCCCAUGCCUCAUCAGCGGGACCCCAACUCCCCUUCCUCUUCCACCUCGUCGUCGUCGUCGUCCUCCACCUCCCCAUCUCACCCGCACCACCACCGUGCGCAGCAGCCCCACAAACUCCCGCAGUCCCCGAGGCCCAUCCCGCGCACCAUCGACACCACCCCGUUCCCCACCACCUUCGUCCAGGCCGACACCACCUCGUUCAAGCAGGUCGUCCAGAUGCUCACCGGCGCCGAGCAGCCGGCCAAGAACGACGCGACGACGACAGCAGGGGCAGCAGCAGCCAACGGCGGCGGCCAGGCGGCGAGCGGGGCGGCCUGCCGGCCGAAGAAGCCGUCUUUCAAGCUGUACGAGCGGCGGAGCAGCCUGAAGAACCUCAAGAUGAUCGCGCCGCUGGCGAUGGGCCCGCCGCCGUCGCCGCGGACGAGGGCCACGGCGCCGGAGAUCCUGUCCCCGAGCGUCCUGGACUUCCCGUCCCUCAGGCUCAGCAGCCCGGUGACGCCGCUCACCGGCGACCCCUUCAACCGCUCGCCGGCGUCCACGUCGUCGUCCUCCGAGGAGGCCGAGCGCGCCGCCAUCGCCGAGAGGGGCUUCUUCCUCCACCCGUCCCCGAGGGGCGGCGCCGAGCCCCCGCGCCUGCUCCCGCUCUUCCCCGUCACCUCGCCCCGGAUGGCGGCGCCGUCCGAGUGAAGAUCCCGCGCGCCUCUCAUCGCGGCCUCGCCGGCGCGCGCCUCUACCGUACCGUAGCCGCCGCCACCACCACCAGUACUACUACAACCGCCGCCGCCGUACCGUCCUUCAGUUCUGGUUUUGUAAGGUGCUUGCUUUGCUGUUCUUCUUGAUCGAUCGAUGCUGUUGCUGUAAUUUUUGCUCCCUUCUUGAAACAAACGAGGAAGAAGGGAGUUCUUUUUUUUUUCUUCAUUUCGGAGUGGCGACAAGCGAGCGAUCUGACGAUCCAGGCUCGAUCGCUCGAUUCCUGAUCGCUCGCGGUCGCGGGGAGCCUCCGGAAUGAAAUGAUGGAUGGAUGAACUUAGAUAAUUAAUUAAUUAUUAAUUAAGCCUAAUCCUGAGAUUAA